AUGAUCCAUGGUCCUGGAUCCAGUUCGAAGAAGAACAACAUUGCACUCAAGGCCAAGAAAUCAUCCAAGAAGAUUGUCAGCUCCAGUGAAGAAUCUGAAAACUCAUCUCCGUCUGAUGAAGAAUCCAACUCCAGUGACGAGCUUGCUAUUUUUGUGAAGAGGUUCAAUAAGAAGUUUGGAAGAAAGUUUGGAAUCAAACUGAAGCAGCAAGGUCACUUCAUCGCUGAAUGUCCCGAGAAAGCUGAUGAUGACAAGGAGAAGAAGGGAUUCAAGAAACAUCCUCACAAGAAGAGCCAUGACCGUCACAAGAAGAAAGAUUGGAAUAAGUACUCUGCUCACAAGAAGAAGGUGAAGUAUUAUUCUAGAGCACAUGUUGGUGAAUGCAACUCAGAUUCUUCAUCAUCUGAAGAAUCAUCUGACUCUGAGUCUGAAGACGGCAUCGCCGGAUUGGCCAUAGCUAUUUCAUCUGACAGAGAGAAGAGUUCACUGUUUGACUCUCCAAAUUCAUCUGAAGAUGUCCCCGGAGACGAUCGCAACUCACCAUCAUGCUUCAUGGCAAAAUCCUCUAAGGUACCAUCUCCUAGUGAAGUUUAA